GGGGAACUGGCAAAGAUGGUGGAAACAGACGUAGCAAGCAGAGCGUCAAAAAUGCUUAAAAUCUCCCACUGAAACUCAGAGCUGAGGAGGUGCUCUGAGGACCCCCACCAAUGCCACUCUCUGCCUAACCAGAACUGAUUGGUGCCAAACUCCCCUACCCUACCCCUGAAAGGCCAAGUCUAGUCGACACACCUGAGAUAUUCGCACUCGUCCCCCUCCCACUGUGCCACCAUCGACACUAUCCUUACCACCUCAGCACCCAUCAGCACCCAGCCACCUGACUUACAACAACCCCCUGUGGUACUCACCUCGCUGGGAUAGCAGAGCUAGAUGAGCCUGGCAGUCACUGUGAACCGCGUGGAAGCCAAGUCAAGCUCAGAGGUGGUAAUGCAUAGAGUGGCAUAAAGCUCCAUACCGCUCAAAGGCAGCCAGCUAGCCAGCUAGCCAGCUAGGAGGAGGGCCAGCCACCCAGCCAGCCAGCCAGCCAGCCAGCCAAACAUGAACCCGCAGGAAGCACCACUAGGCAUGGAGCCGAGUGAAGCAGCCGAGGCAGACCACCACCACCAUCACCCCCACCCCCACCACCACAACCAGGCUCCGCACGGGCACAGGCGCAGGCAGGAUAACGGAGGCGGAGCGGUGACACCCACAGAGGGAGGCCCUGUCCCCGGCAGCAGACCCGCCCGAUCUCGCCAUCACCAUCAUCACGGCAGCAGUAGCAAUGCCAGUAACAACGGGCACACCGGAGGGGGAGGGGGAGACAACGGGCAACAGCCCCCCGCCCGGUAUCGCAGGUACGACCCCUCGGAGCCCGGCAGACCCAGGGGCUCGCGGAGAGCGGUGGAGGAUGCGGACGGGGCCGAACACCAACAGCAGCCACAGUCACAGCCACAGCCACAGGGCCAGACACAGCCCCAGCAGCAGCCCAUCCCCAGGCCUGCCGUCAGCCGCUACCGGAGGCAGGGGGACAACGAGGCCCGUCUGCGGGCGCAGCAGCAGAGGCAGAGGCAGCGGGCACAGAGGGAGGCCGAGAGGGCGGAGAGAGCCGAGAGGCCAAGACCUCCUGUGGAGCAGCCGCAUCAGCAGCAGCACCAGGAGGAUGACGUGGCGGAGGCGGACGCGGCGCUGAACCGCUCGGCCAGCACCGAGAGCGGCUUCCACAACCACACGGACCGGGCCGAGGGCGACGUGGCCGACAUAGGGGACGUGGGCAGAGAGGCGCCAGAGGCUGAGGCUGAGGCUGAGGCGGUAGCCGAGCCCGAGCCGGAACUCGAACGGGACUCGGAGCGGGACACGAUGCAGGCCACGGAGGCCGAGGACGAGAGCGCGUACGGGCUGACGCUGCGGCCCGAGGCGGACGAGUACACGGAGAGCGCCGAGUCGGAGCAGCUCCAGCACCCCCACCCCCACCAGCAGCAGCAGCAGCAGCCCCAGUAUCCUCCGCAGGCACCUCCGCUGCCUCGAGACCCCUUGCCCAACACCGAGCGGCCCCGCACCCUGGACCCAGAGACCCAGAACCCUGGCGGCGGCUACGUCUACUCCCACGCUCCGUACCGCGUCUCCUCCGGAGGAGGACGAGAGGGGAGCGUCGGGGGAGAUGGGGAGGAGGGGGAGGAGGAGGAGGGGCAGGGCCAGGACGAAGCUCCAGAAGACGAGCCCUACUCUGAGGCCUACGCUGACUACAGCCCACAGGAACACGUGUACGAGGAGAUUGCAGAGGGCGAAGGGCCGGCAGCGGGCGAGGGCCAGCGCUGCCGCGAGCGUCGGCAAGGCUUCCGGCUGUUGGAGCGGGAUGACAGCGGCGACGGCGGCAGGGGAGGCUAUCGGCAGCAGGAGGCGGUGGGCUCCCGGCUCCACCACUACGACGAACGCUCGGACGGAGAGUCGGACAGCCCCGAGAAGGAGGCGGAGUUUGCUCCUUAUCCGCGCUCAGACAGCUGCGAGCACUGCGAUCAGGAGGAGGACAUUGACCAGAUUGUGGCAGAGGUGAAGGAGAGCCUGAGCUCCCAGAGCCUCCAGCGAGCCGCCAUGGGCCUGGAGGAAGGAGAUUGGCCUGAAUCGGAGCACCGAGCCCAGCCUGCUGCCCUGGACGAGGCCCCUCCAGACGAGGAGGGUGUGGAUGUCCUGGAGGAAGAGGAAGAGCUGGAGCUGGAAGUGGCUCUGCCCAGCAUCAGCCCUAGCGACAGGCCUGCCCAGCAACGCAUGAGCCGGGAGAAGAGGGACGCCAUCUCCCUCGCCAUCAAGGACAUCAAGGAGGCGAUCGAGGAGGUGAAGACGCGUACGGUGCGAUCGCCCUACACGCCGGACGAGCCCAAAGAGCCCAUCUGGGUCAUGAGGCAGGACCUGAGCCCCACCGCCGAGAACGAGCUGCAGCCGUCACUAGGGGGCGACUCUCCUGACUCCCCUGGUUCCCACUCCCCUAAAGGGGCGGAGUCCUCCAGCCGCCACAACCCCAUGCUGGAGGCGGCCGACAGCCUGGAGUCUCCAUCACCUGCCGGGAAAGACUCCCGGAGGAGCCUGGCUUCCUUCCCCACCUAUGUGGAGGUGCCGGGCCCCUGUGAUCCAGAGGACCUGAUAGAUGGCAUCAUCUUUGCGGCUAACUACCUGGGCUCCACCCAGCUGCUCUCGGACAAGACCCCCUCCAAGAACGUACGCAUGAUGCAGGCCCAGGAGGCUGUCAGCCGCAUCAAGAGUCCAGAAGGCGAGGCUCAGCCCAUGACUGAAGUGGAUCUCUUCAUUUCCACCCAGAGGAUCAAAGUUCUCAACGCUGACUCACAGGAGACGAUGAUGGACCACCCUCUGAGGACCAUCUCCUACAUAGCGGACAUCGGCAACAUUGUGGUUCUGAUGGCCCGGCGCCGGAUGCCGAGACCCGACUCUGAGGAGAGCCUGGAGGCCGCAGACCCGGCACAGGACGAGAAGCGGCAGUACAAGAUGAUCUGCCACGUCUUCGAGUCCGAGGAUGCCCAGCUCAUCGCCCAGUCUAUUGGCCAGGCCUUCAGUGUGGCGUAUCAGGAGUUCCUGCGGGCCAAUGGCAUCAACCCAGAGGACCUGAGCCAGAAGGAGUACAGCGACCUCCUCAACACCCAGGACAUGUACAACGACGACCUCAUACACUUCUCCAAGUCAGAGAACUGCAAAGACGUUUACAUAGAGAAGGGGAAGGGUGAGAUUCUGGGCGUGGUGAUUGUGGAGUCCGGCUGGGGUUCCAUCCUGCCCACCGUCAUCAUUGCCAACAUGAUGCACGCCGGCCCCGCCGAGAAGUCCGGCCGCCUCAACAUCGGGGACCAGAUCAUGUCCAUCAACGGCACCAGUCUGGUGGGGCUCCCCCUGUCCACCUGCCAGAGCAUCAUUAAGGGGCUGAAGAAUCAGGCGAGGAUAAAGCUGAACAUCGUGCGAUGCCCCCCAGUCACCACUGUACUCAUCAGGAGACCAGACCUAAGAUACCAGCUGGGCUUCAGCGUCCAGAAUGGCAUUAUAUGUAGCCUUAUGCGUGGGGGGAUAGCCGAGCGGGGUGGCGUGCGUGUGGGCCAUCGUAUCAUCGAGAUAAACAGCCAGAGCGUGGUGGCCACCCCUCACGAGAAGAUUGUGCACAUUCUGUCCAACGCAGUGGGAGAGAUCCACAUGAAGACCAUGCCUGCUGCCAUGUACCGCCUGCUGACUGCCCAGGAGCAACCAGUUUACAUCUAAAGACCCCCGUCCCUGUCCCCGUCCCCGUCUCCUCUCCUCUCUUUCCCCUCCUCCUACUCCUCCUCCUUCACUCCAUUCCUCUCCUCUCUGACCUUCCAGUCACUAUCUUAACCUCCCACCUCUGACCUGUCCUGGUCUGACCUGACACAUGAUGUAACCUUAGUCAGCGUCUUUGGCCAUCUACUCUAAACGCCUCCUAAAUGGCUGCCUGUCUAGAUGCGUGGUGUGUGUGGUGUGCAGUGGUGACGGACGGCUUCCCACAGGACAUGGGCUUGGGGUGGUUGGUCCUGCUUGCAACCCUUCACUUUACUCCUCGACACACACACACAAACACACACACACAUGCAUGUGCGCACACACACACACAUAUACACACACGCGCGCGCACGCACACACGCACGCACACACACACUCAGUACCUUCACACAGUACAUGCGUACGGUACACAUGCAAGGACACACAUACUCACACACAUGGUCCCCUGUCUUUGCCUUCUACCUCUUUAAUUCCCUCCUCUCCUCUCCCUCCGAGGCUUCUGUGUCUGCUGUGAAGUGCAAUAUCCUGUGUGUGUGUGUGAACACUUAUGACUGAUGAACAGGGAUCUGGGGGGGCUGCGGGAGGUGGAUGCUCAGUUGGCUAAAGAGAGAUAGAGAUUUGUGGGUAGAUAGACUGAUUGAUUGAUUGAUUGAUUGAUUGAUUGAUUGAUUGAUUGAUUGAUUGAUUGAUUGAUUGAUUGAUUGAUUGAUUGAUUGGGUCGUUGGUAGAUUGUUUGAUAGAGAAAGAAAUACAAUAGAUUACAGUAUGACCAGAAUCAAGUUAUAUUUCUUAUUGCAUGUGGUCCUUAAGAUGGAAAAAAUAACACUUUGGAAAGUUAUUUAUGUUGAGUGUUUGGCCUGAAAACACUAUUUGUUUGGCUGCAUUCACAGGUUUGUUUUUGCCAUGCCAGUGUGAAUAUAGAGAGCGGUUGAGAAGACUUUCUGGUUACACUUUAUUUUAAUGGUUCACUAUUACAGUGGAUCUACCACAUUAGGUGUAAUAGUGUAACCGUGUAAUAACCAGUGUAACAAUAUUUAAUACCAUGUAAUACCAGUGUAACAGCAUGUACCAACCCUAAUCCUAACCCUAACCCUAGAUGUAAGUACAAAAUCGGUACAUGGUGUUACAUUGGUAUAACAUGGUUAUUACACUGGUUAUUAAACCACUUAAUGUAUAACAGUGAACCGUUAAAAUAAAGUGUAAACAGACUUUCUUUUACAAACGAGUGAAGGUCGUGUUUAUGUAGAGAUUUCUUUUUUUUUGUCGUCCAUAUUUUCUUUGUUUUCCCUUUUACCUUGGCGAGCUCAUCAGACAUUCCAAGAUUUAUUUACUUUCCAUUCCUGUCGUAAAGGCCAGCUUUGAUCUUGACACAACCACUCACAUAAUCUGGAGCAAACAUUGGACCCAGUCCGUGGAAUUCCAGUAAAAACCAUGCUCCUAGAAAAGAAACAAGAAAAAGAAGAGAAAGAAAAAUGGUAGCCUAGCUGCAAAAUGAAAGGCUUCUUUGUUUUCCCCAAAGACAUGCUGACAGUAGUCUCUUUGUAAUUCUUACUACUUAUACAGCGCUAUUUAAAAGCAUGAAAUUCUGAAUCAAUCAGGUGAGAACACCACCUACCGUUCUCUGGUUGAGGCUGAGGGAUUUACCGCAGUGAGAAGAACACAUCUGUCUCUAAUAUGGGAGGAAACUUAACUGCCGUGUUGCUCUCAAAAUAGACUCAACAAGAUUUGUCCCAGGCAUUUACGGUACACAAAACAAGUUUUGUACAAAUGUAUAAUUUGAGCUAACAGAAGUAAUAAAGAUGCCGUCUUCUGUGCUAAAGUCAGGGUACUAAUUUUAAGACAUUUGUACAGUAGAAGACAUUUAGGCUUCUGUACAAAUGUAUAAUAUGAACUACAUGUAAGAGAAACAAGAGAGAUGGUUAUUUUUUUCUGUGUUUAAGUCAAGGUACUCAGUUCAAUUCAUUUGUGAGUUUCUGAAGAGCAUCAGAUGCAUUCCAGUUUUAUUUUGUUUAUUUUGUGUGCAAUAUGGUCCUCUACUUCAUUGGUAUUUUUCCUGCAGCACAUCCUUAUUGAUCCUUUAUCCUUUCUAAUGCGAGUUUGUUGAAUCUUUACGGUACAUUAUAUGCCAGACGGACUGCUGUUUUCACUGGGCCAUUGACAAAUGUUGUGUUACAAACUUUUUACUUGAACAUGUGGUGAAAAUGCAGGUGUUAUUUUAUUUUAUCUUUCAGUAUUUACAUUUUAUUUGUUUCAUUUUAAGCUAUAUAAUAUUUUGGUAUAUUUUGGCCAUCAUAAACACUAAAAAAUAUAUGUCUUAAAGAUAGGUUUACAGAGUGGACGAGAAAUGUAGUU